AUGUCUGGCUGGCACAACGCGACUAUCGACCACUCUGGUCCCCAAGAUGGCGGAGGCGGUCGAGCCUGCUUCAACUGCGGCCAGGAGGGCCACAACAAGGCUGAAUGCCCCAAUCCUCGUGUCUUGAAGUGCCGACAUUGCAAUGAGGACGGUCAUACGAUCCGUGGCUGCCCCACCGCUCCUCCCCAGGAGUUCACUGGAGAAUGCCGAUUCUGCAAGAAGGAGGGCCAUAUGGCCAAGGAUUGUCCGGACAAGCCCCCCAUGGUCUGCAAAAACUGCCUUCAAGAAGGACAUACGGCUGCUCUAUGCAAGAAUCCGCGCAAGAUUGACCGCUCGUCUCUUGGUGAGAUCCCCGCUGAAGUAGCUUGGGCAAAAAUCAUGGCAGGAGCCAAGGAGAAGGACCUGGACAAGGUCAAGGAGGGCAUCCAGGAGUAUCUCAACGCUACCCCAGGCAUCACCUACGUCAACCUCGAGCAGGCGUUCCGCUCUCAGUUCAUUGAAUUGCACCUGAUCGCGUUGGAGGACCCCGCACUGCUCGCGACUCACACUCACAUGGACCUUCAAGGAAACCUUGACAAGAAGUACCGUGUUCACUAUCGCUGGAGUGACAAGCCUCUCCGUCCUCGAGAGGUCCAGCAGUGGCCUCAGUCGGCUGCGGAGAACCUCGAGCGUCUCAAAGAUGCUGGCGAAACCGUUGAACGCGGCAUACCCAAGUGCACCAACUGCGGCGAGAUUGGUCAUCGCAUCCGCGACUGCCCGGAGCCGCGCAAAAACAAGUAUGGCUGUAGAAACUGCGGCCAAGGAGGUCACAUGGCAUCGGACUGCCCCGAGCCUCGCCGAGCUAGAGAUGACGUUGAGUGUCGCAAAUGUGGCGGAACCGGUCACUUUGCCAAAGAUUGUCCUCAGGAAGGUGGAGGUCGUAGCCGCGCGUGCUUUAACUGUGGCGAGGAAGGCCACGGUUCUCGAGACUGCCCGAACCCCAAGAAAAUCCAGUGCCGCAACUGUGAUGAGUUCGGACACAUGUCCAAGGAAUGCCCCAAGCCCCGCGAUUACAGCCGGGUUAAAUGCACAAAGUGCGGUGAGAUGGGCCACACUCAAGUUCGAUGCAAGAUGGAGUCUGCCCCUAUCGACGAGCCCACCUUCGACGCGGUUGACGGUAGCGUUGGUUACCCUGGCGGAAAUAGCUUCCCGCCAGCCCCAGCUGCACCUGAGACUGGUGCUGGUGACAACUGGGGCUCUAACGACAAUGUUAACUGGUAA